AUGGCAGUGAUGGAAAUGGCCUGCCCAGGCGCCCCUGGCUUGGCGGUUGGGCAGCAGAAGGAGCUCGCCAAAGCCAAGGAGAAGACACAGGCCAUGGGGAAGAAAGAAAGCUCCAUCAACAAGCUUGAGGCCGUGGAGAAGAGCCCAGUGUUCUGCGGGAAGUGGGAGAUCCUGAACGACGUGAUUACCAAAGGCACGGCCAAGGACGGCUCCGAGGGAGGGCUGGCGGCCAUCUCCAUCAUUGCCCAGGCUGAAUGUGAGAAUAGCCAAGAGUUCAGCCCCACCUUUUCAGAACGGAUUUUCAUCGCUGGAUCCAAACAGUACAGCCAGUCCGAGAGUCUCGAUCAAAUUCCCAACAAUGUGGCCCAUGCAACUGAGGGCAAAAUGGCCCGUGUGUGUUGGAAGGGGAAGCGUCGCAGCAAAGCCCAGAAAAAACGCAAGAAGAAGAGCUCAAAGUCCCUGACUCAGGCAGGAGUGACCUUGGCCAAACCCCUCCCCAGAACUCCUGAGCAGGAGAGCUGCACAGUCCCCGUGCAGGAGGAUGAGUCUCCGCUAAGUGCCCCAUAUGUUAGAAACACCCUCCAGUUCACCAAGCCUCUGAAGGAGCCAGGCCUUGGCCAACUCUGUUUUAAGAAACUUGGGGAGAGCCUGCGGCCAGCACUGCCUCGAUCGGAACUCCAUAAACUGAUCAGCCCCUUGCAAUGUCUAAACCACGUGUGGAAACUCCACCACCCCCAGGACAUAGGGCCCCUGCCCCAGCCCCCUCACCCCUUCCCCUAUAGCAGACUGCCCCAUCCCUUCCCAUUCCACCCUCUCCAGCCCCGGAAACCUCACCCCUUAGAGUCCUUCUUCCUGGGCAAACUGGCCUGCAUAAACAGUCAGAAGCCCCUGCCAGGCCCACACCUGGGCAAACUGGCCUGUGUAGACAGUCAGAAGCCCUUGCCUGGCCCACAGCUGGAGCCUGGCUGCCCAACUCGCGGCACAUGUGAGAAGUUUUCUGUGGAGGAAUACUUGGUGCAUGCUCUGCGAGGCAGUGUGAGCUCAGGCCCAGCCCAUAGCCUGGCCAGCUUGGCCAAGACCUGGUCGGCAGGGGGCUCCAAGCCCCAGGGGCCCAGCCCCGAAACAGAGGACAGCGAGGGAGUCCUGCUUACUGAGAAACUCAAGCCGGUGGAUUAUGAGUACCGAGAGGAGGUCCACUGGGCUGCACGCCAGCCCUGCCUGGGCAGAGGCUCCUUUGGAGAGGUGCAUAGGAUGGAGGACAAGCAGACCGGCUUCCAGUGUGCUGUCAAAAAGGUGCGAGUAGAAGUGUUUCGGGCAGAGGAGUUGAUGGCAUGCGCAGGACUGACCUCACCCAGAAUCGUCCCUUUGUAUGGAGCUGUGAAGGAAGGUCCUUGGGUCAACAUCUUCAUGGAACUACUAGAAGGUGGCUCGCUGGGCCAGCUCAUAAAGCAGAAGGGCUGUCUCCCGGAAGACCGGGCCCUUUACUACCUGGGCCAGGCUCUGGAAGGCCUGGAGUACCUCCACACCCGAAGGAUUCUGCAUGGCGAUGUCAAAGCUGACAAUGUGCUCCUGUCCAGCGAUGGGAGCUGUGCAGCUCUCUGCGACUUUGGCCAUGCUGUGUGCCUUCGACCUGAUGGCCUGGGGAAGUCUUUGCUCACAGGGGACUACAUCCCCGGCACAGAGACCCACAUGGCUCCAGAGGUGGUGAUGGGCAAGCCCUGCGAUGCCAAGGUGGAUGUCUGGAGCAGCUGCUGCAUGAUGCUGCACAUGCUCAAUGGCUGCCACCCUUGGACCCAGUACUUUCGAGGGCCGCUCUGCCUCAAGAUUGCCAAUGAGCCUCCACCUGUGAGGGAGAUCCCACCCUCCUGUGCCCCUCUCACAGCCCAGGCCAUCCAGGAGGGGCUGAGGAGAGAGCCUGUCCACCGAGCGUCUGCAGUGGAGCUGGGGGGGAAAGUCAGCCUGGCGCUGCAGCACGUGGGAGGUCUGAGGAGCCCGUGGAGAGGGGAGUAUAAAGAGCCCAGACGGCCACCCCCACAGCCAGCCCGUGUGCCAAGCCAUGCCCGCUCUCGCCAGACCAUGCACGCCCAGCCCAGGGAGCCGGGGCCCCAGCCAGCUGAGGACACAACAGGCGGGGCCCCUAAGAUCCAACCUCCCCUACCCCCAGAACCCCCAGAGCGGAACAGGUCUGCAAGCCUGAACUGGGCCAAGGAGGAACCUGGGACGUGGGAACCACUGCCCCUGUCCUCCCUGGACCCAGCGCCCCCCAAAAACCCCAGCUCACCAGAGCGGAAGGCAACCUUCCCUGAGCAGGAACUGCAGCAGCUGGAAAUAGAAUUAUUUCUGAACAGCCUGUCCCAGCCAUUUUCUCUAGAGGAGCAAGAGCAAAUUCUCUCGUGCCUCAGUGUCGACAGCCUCUCCCUGUCAGAAGACAGUGAGAAGAACCCAUCAAAGGCCUCUCAGAGCUCACGGGACACCCUGAGUUCCGGUGUGCACUCCUGGAGCAGCCAGGCAGAGGCUCGCAGCUCCAGCUGGAACAUGGUGCUGGCCCGGGGGCGGCCCACUGACACUCCGAGCUAUUUCAAUGGUGUGAAAGUUCAAAUACAGUCUCUCAAUGGUGAACACCUGCACAUCCGAGAGUUCCACCGGGUCAAGGUGGGAGACAUCGCAACUGGCAUCAGCAGCCAGAUCCCAGCCGCAGCCUUCAGCUUGGUGACCAAAGAUGGGCAGCCCGUGCGCUAUGACAUGGAGGUACCAGACUCAGGCAUCGACCUGCAGUGCACCCUGGCCCCCGAUGGCAGUUUCGCCUGGAGCUGGAGGGUCAAGCAUGGCCAACUGGAGAACAGGCCCUAACCCAGCCUUCCACCACGGCUCCGCUCUGCCAGAAGCAGCCUUCCUCUGGUGCUCAGUGCUGCCCCUGAAACAUGGGCUCCGCCUGCUCCCGGAGAUCCGCCACACCCUGGCUCAGCGCUGGGACCGGGGGCUGGCAGCAGCCAAGUGGGGGUUAGCCAGACGCCUCCCACGAUUUCCCAGCUGUGCUCUGCCUGACCCCGCCCAGAGAGCGCCCACAUGAGGAGGAGGAAGGCAGGAGGCCUCUUCCCAUGGGAGCACAGAGGGUCUUGUCUGCCCUGGCUUAAACAAGCUGGCCUGAGCAGUUUGGAUCAGUGCCCACUUGCUGGCAGUCGGGGGGAGGGCAAGCCCCUUGGGUGGCCUCCAUGCAGGUGUGAGGGGGCUGAGUGCCCAAGGACCCACACCUAGUCCAUCACAUGACCAAGGUGGCAGGCAUGCCUGCCCUUGGGUUAAUGGGGGGCCCUCUGACCCCCUUGCCUGGCCAUCAAAACCCCUCUUCGGUCUAGAAACACUUCCAACAAAGUCAGGGAGGGAUGCCUUGACUGGGAAGUCUCCCUGGAAGGACACACCACACUUUUCAGGGUGUUGCAACACAGGUCCUGAGCUGACCUCAGCUUCAGUCAAGGCCCAAAGAAGGUGUUGAAGUGAAAUGGUUCUCAAGCCCCAACCACGUGCCCCUUUGCUGCUGGCCACCUGUGUUCCCCAGAGCAGCAGGCCCAAGCCCCAGCCGCAGGCCCAUCACUGCCCUGACUAGCUAGCACUCGGUGUCCUUGGCUAUUAAAGGGCAGGGUGACAUGAGACCUACCUGAGGGGCACAUCUGAGGCCGGGGCAUGAUAAUGCGAAAGAAAGCAGCCGAUGUAGGCACUACUGUUAGCUGGGCCACAGCUUUCAACACUGAGCACACCAGCUUCCAGAAACACAGCUCAGGUACCACAUGUGCUGACCCUGCCCGGCGCCCCCCUCAGGGGCAUGCCAGCUGCGUUUUGCACUCGGACAACCUCAAAGCACUUUCAUGGCCGCCCUCCGGGAGGGCAGGUCAGUGGCUCUUCAUGAGCACAAGCAGGAGAUGGGAUGAAGGGACUCAAGUCUUGACCUGUUUCCACAUGUGUAACCCCUCAAACCUCCAGAUUUCUUUACGAUGAGCCCCCCAACCCACCCAUUGCCCCAACCCAGUUUCUUCUUCACAGGGGAGCUGAAUCAGGACUCAUGUAGCAUUAAUCAACUGUGAAUCAUUGUGGGGUGAGGGGCCUGCUGGUGUCAGCUCCUAGGGCACAGGAGGCGUUCCCCUGAGAUCCCUCCUUGGGAGACGCUCAUCCCCAUGUCUUGCCAAGGUGGCCUCUGUCCAGCUGCCCACAUUGAGCCAUACUGCUCCCCAGGGAGAGACCCCCCCCCACCAGCCCCUAGUCUGUGAAGAACCGCAGCCUUGGUACCGCAGAGUCCGGGUUAUAGAGAACUCUGUAAGCAAUAAAGUUUGGGGUGAUGACUAA